AUGAACGAAGACGGUUUGGUGAAGGCCAUCGAAAGUCUCAGAGGAGAUGUAAGCGAAACCCGAAAGAACCAGCAGCCGCAUAUCUAUAUCCGUGUGGAUGUUCGAGACAGCACCUCCGUGAAUAGAUGGAUUGGCUGCACCGUUGAACAACUGGGUAGGCUUGAUGGUGCCGUUAACUUUGCUGGUGUAGCCAAAAAGGUCAAUGUAAUUGAUGAGACAGACGAAAGCUGGGCCGUCCAGAUGGACGUAAACGCGAAAGGCAUCGUUUUCUGCAUACGAGUCCAGUUGAAGCACACGGAGAAAGGAGAAGGUAUUGUCUCUGCAGCAAGCGUGAACGGCCAGGUGGGAUGGGAGCCCUUGGGGUCAUACUGCGCCAGUAAGCAUGCCAUCAUAGGGUUGAGCAGGUGCGCAGCGAAAGAGAGCCCGCAUAUUCGGGUGAACUGUAUUGCUCCAGGUCAGUCAUACACUCAGCCAUCCCCGGGGCUAGCACCAUGCCGUCUUCCUAGGAUUCAUGGAAGCUUAAUUUUGAUUGCUCGCCAAGCGCAAAAAAGCGAGUGUGAUCCUCUCGAAGUGGCGAAUGUUAUUGCGUUUCUCCUGGGUGAUGAGGCUAGCUUCAUCACAGGUGCGGUCUGGAAUGUAGAUGACGGCUAUAACUGUUGA